AUGUACCACGCCACCAUGUGGCCAGUCGUUGCCAGCAGCAUGCCGUACCCCAGCACCUUGUGCACCCAGAUCGACGACUCCCACGCCGUCCNCAGCGUAAUCAGUGGAACAGUAAAAUUGUCAACAUGUCCAGGGGGCUCCACUGGGGGGAUGGAGAAGAUUCCCCGUGGAAACAUCCCCACCUCACUGUACCGCACGUACCACGCCACCAUGUGGCCAGUCGUUGCCAGCAGCAUGCCGUACCCCAGCACCUUGUGCACCCAGAUCGACGACUCCCACGCCGUCCCAAGGAUUGAGUGCAGCAGAGAGUUCCGGCUCGCGGGAAAAAUGCACAGCGACAGAAACGCAACCGCGAGCUGGCCAAGUGACCGCGCCCACCGUUCAGUCACAACAAGACCUUUGGAGUCGUCGCCGUACAUGGACUUGUAA